UGGGCCGAAAAUACAUAUAUAAAAGGUAGAAGAGGCCAUUGUUCCCGAUAUAAAGAAGUAGCUAGUGAACAUGGCGUCAACAAGCCGUGGAGACGGCCAGGCCCUUCCUAAGGUGCAGUGCCCCAACCACCCAGACUCCAUGCUGGUGGAAGACUACAGAGCAGGGGAUAUGAUCUGCCCCGAGUGUGGCCUUGUAGUGGGUGACAGGGUGAUUGACGUCGGCUCAGAGUGGAGGACGUUCACCAAUGAGAAAGCCACCAAAGACCCGUCUAGAGUGGGCGAUGCCCAGAACCCACUCCUCAACGGGGGAGACUUGACCACCAUGAUCAGCAAGGGAACAGGCGCGGCUAGUUUUGACGAGUUCGGCAACUCCAAGUACCAGAACCGGCGGACUAUGAGCAGUUCAGAUCGCGCCAUGCUAAACGCCUUCAAAGAGAUUACCACCAUGGCCGACCGGAUCAACCUACCAAGGAACAUCAUAGACCGAACAAAUAAUUUAUUUAAGCAAGUGUACGAACAGAAGAGCCUGAAGGGCCGGGCCAACGAUGCCAUCGCAUCAGCCUGCCUUUACAUCGCCUGCAGACAAGAGGGCGUGCCUCGGACGUUUAAAGAGAUCUGCGCGGUGUCCCGCAUCUCCAAGAAGGAGAUUGGCCGCUGCUUCAAGCUGAUCCUCAAGGCCCUGGAGACCAGCGUGGACCUCAUCACCACCGGAGACUUCAUGUCCCGCUUCUGCUCCAACCUGGGCCUGCCUAAGCAGGUGCAGAUGGCGGCCACCUACAUCGCACGGAAGGCCGUGGAGCAGGACCUGGUGCCCGGCAGGAGCCCCAUCUCUGUGGCCGCCGCCGCCAUCUACAUGGCCUCCCAGGCCUCCGCCGAGAAGAAGACCCAGAAAGAGAUUGGAGACAUCGCCGGUGUGGCAGACGUCACAAUCAGACAGUCGUACCGACUCAUCUACCCCCGAGCAGCCGACCUCUUCCCCCCGGACUUCAAAUUCCACACCCCUGUGGACAAACUGCCCCAGCUGUGAAGACCCACUCGCCCCGACGACACUUUAAAGGUUAUUUUUCUAGUUUUUAUUCUAUUAGCAAUCCCCCCCCCCCUUGUUAAUUAACUUAAGAAUUCAGGCCAUUGUGAAGGCACUUUUUGCAGGAAUACAGACAAGUACAGGACACACAUUCCAAUACUUUAAAAAAUGAGAUUGCAAACUGUACUAACAGUAUUUAAUUUGAGUGUAUAUAUACUGUAUAUACAGUGAGGGAAAAAAGUAUUUGAUCCCCUGCUGAUUUUGUACGUUUGCCCACUGACAAAGAAAUUAUGUGUCUAUAAUUUUAAUGGUAGGUUUAUUUGAACAGAGAGAAUAACAACAAAAAAUCCAGAAAAACGCAUGUCAAAAAUGUUCUAAAUUGAUUUGCAUUUUAAUGAGGGAAAUAAGUAUUUGACCCCCUCUCAAUCAGAAAGAUUUCUGGCUCCCAGGUGUCUUUUAUACAAGUAACGAGCUGAGAUUAGGAGCACACUCCUAAAGGGAGUGCUCCUAAUCUCAGUUUCUUACCUUUAUAAAAGACACCUGUCCACAGAAGCAAUCAAUCAAUCAAUCAGAUUCCAAACUCUCCAACAUGGCCAAGACCAAAGAGCUCUCCAAGGAUGUCAGGGACAAGAUUGUAGACGUACACAAGGCUGGAAUGGGCUACAAGACCAUCGCCAAUCAGCUUGGUGAGAAGGUGACAACAGUUGGUGCGAUUAUUCGCAAAUGGAAGAAACACAAAAUAACUGUCAAUCUCCCUCGGCCUGGGGCUCCAUGCAAGAUCUCACCUCGUGGAGUUGCAAUGAUUAUGAGAACGAUGAGGAAUCAGCACAGAACUACACGGGAGGAUCUUGUCAAUGAUCAAGGCAGCUGGGACCAUAGUCACCAAGAAAACAAUUGGUAAUACACUACGCCGUGAAGGACUGAAAUCCUGCAGUGCCCGCAAGGUCCCCCUACUCAAGAAAGCACAUACAUGCCCGUCUGAAGUUUGCCAAUGAACAUCUGAAUGAUUCAGAGGACAACUGGGUGAAAGUGUUGUGGUCAGAUGAGACCAAAAUGGAGCUCUUUGGCAUCAACUCAACUCGCCGUGUUUGGAGGAGGAGGAAUGCUGCCUAUGACCCCAAGAACACCAUCCCCACCGUCAAACAUGGAGGUGGAAACAUUAUGCUUUGGGGGUGUUUUUCUGCUAAGGGGACAGGACAACUUCACCGCAUCAAAAGGACGAUGGACGGGGCCAUGUACUGUCAAAUCUUGGGUGAGAACCUCCUUCCCUCAGCCAGGGCAUUGAAAAUGGGUCGUGGAUGGGUAUUCCAGCAUGACAAUGACCCAAAACACACGGCCAAGGCAACAAAGGAGUGGCUCAAGAAGAAGCACAUUAAUGUCCUGGAGUGGCCUAGCCAGUCUCCAGACCUUAAUCCCAUAGACAAUCUGUGGAGGGAGCUGAAGGUUCGAGUUGCCAAACGUCAGCCUCGAAACCUUAAUGACUUGGAGAAGAUCUGCAAAGAGGAGUGGGACAAAAUUCCUCCUGAGAUGUGUGCAAACCUGGUGGCCAACUACAAGAAACGUCUGACCUCUGAUUGCUAACAAGGGUUUUGCCACCAAGUACUAAGUCAUGUUUUGCAGAGGGGUCAAAUACUUAUUUCCCUAAUUAAAAUGCAAAUUAAUUUAGAACAUUUUUGACAUGCGUUUUUCUGUAUUUUUUUGUUGUUAUUCUGUCUCUCACUGUUCAAAUAAACCUACCAUUAAAAUUAUAGACUGAUAAUUUCUUUGUCAAUGGGCAAACGUACAAAAUCAGCAGGGGAUCAAAUACUUUUUUCCCUCACUGUAUGUCCAAGUGAGAAAAUGUAAUUGGUGUUUGCAAUAUUAGGCUGGUUUCAUACUAUAUACAUUUUCUUUUGUAGGAAAUGCAGGUUCUAUUUUGUUAGCUUGUUUGCUUUGUAUUAAGUAAAUUAAAUGCUUUUCUGAAAAGCAUGUUGAACACCUCAUGCAUUGAUUAACAUUAAACUUUGUUUACAGAA